AUGGAAAGGUGCGGUCACGAGAGGAGGCGAGGACCGCUCACUGGGGGGAGGUGCGCGAUGCCCCCCCGUAAAGGGUCAGCCGUCCUCGCGACCCGUCGUCGAAUGUCGCUGUGCUGGACAGCUGCAGUAGCGAGGCUGAUAUGGCCACAAGGUUGCUCUACCGGUUUAUGCUACUGCCCACAUUUUCGUGCAACAGUAGUACAGUACGUGCCUCGCGUUUCUCACCCCCUUUUUCUCGCUCCGUGUCACACUGCGCCGAUCCCCCCCUUCCCUUGCUUCCCUUGCCAUAACAAAAUUUAUCACGCCCGCCUCACCAUUGGCGUCGUCGGCUUUGGAAACUUUGGCCAGUUCAUCUCCCGAUUUUUUGCAAGGCAGGGUCAUAGGGUUAUCGGCCAAAGCCGCGGCAACUACGACGAGAAGGCCGCCGCCAUCGGUUGCGAGUACGUCAACAAACCGGAUCUACUCAUGGAUGCUAAGCCGGACGUCGUCAUCUUCUGUACCAGUAUCAUGUCGCUUCACACCGUCCUGUCCAAGUUCCCCGUCCACCGGCUCUCCGGCGUCCUUGUCGCCGACGUCUUAUCGGUCAAGAUGUACCCGCACGACCUUCUCAUCCGCAUGCUUCCUUCUUCGGCUGAUAUCGUCUGCACCCAUCCUAUGUUUGGGCCUGAGAGUGGACGCGACUCGUGGAAGGGGCUCCCAUUCGUCUACGACGUUGUGCGUGUAGAUCCCUUGAGAAAGAAGGUUUGCAACAAUUUUAUCAGCAUGUGGAAGAGAGAGGAAUGCAAGAUGGUUGCUAUGGAAAGCUUCGAGCACGAUGAAUAUGCCGCCUCCACCCAAUUUAUUACGCAUACUACAGGUACGUUAGCCCGGUCCAGCAUCAGAGCGAAUGGGGUUGGACGUAUGCUGAGCGAACUCAAUGUCGUAAGCACUCCAAUCAACACUAGGGGGUUUGAGUCUCUCCUGAGCGUUGUGGACACGACUACGAAAGACAGCGAUGAUCUUUUCUACGGACUGUACAAGUACAACCCUCAGGCUAGGGCCCAGCUCGACAAACUUGAGUCUGCCCUCCGUAACAUCCGGACAAGGUUAGAAGCUGCCGAGGCUGCCGAAGCCGCCGCAGCGAAGAAAAUGGAGAAGAAAUAUGGUUUGAUGAAUGUCAACACCAAAUACUCGUCCAUCUCCGAAGAGGUGCUUCAAAAUCUCAUCCUACGCGUAACUGCAAAAUCUUAA